UUCAUUGUUGCCACGGUAACCGCUAAACACUGGUCGAACCUCCUCACAGGCUCACAUUCCAUCUCUUCCCUAUGAACUAGGAGAGAAUGGCUGCCAAUCGUGUUCCUGAGGGACAGUACACAGAGACUAUAUAUGGAAUGAUCAAAGAAGGUAAACAUGCUGAAGUGAUUCAAAUACUAAACGUUGAGUUACAGACUCACCAAAAGUCGAGAGCAGCUCUCUCUUUAUUAGGCUAUUGUUACUAUCAGGCACAGUCAUUCUCUGCAGCUGCUGACUGUUAUGAGCAGCUGGUGCAGCUUCAUCCUGAAGUACAUGAGUAUCAGUUGUAUCACGCUCAGUCUCUUUACAAAGCCUGCAAUUAUCAGGAAGCCAUGAAAGUAUCUUGUCACCUUGAAAAUGAGGAGCAUCAAACUGAAGUUAUUAAGCUCCAGGCAUCUAUAAGAUAUGCUGAAGAGGAUUACCCUAAUGCCAGGACACUGGUUGAGAGAUGCCCUUCUAGUGAUCCAGAUGUCGAGUGUAAUAUUGGCUGUGUAUUAUUUAAAGAAGGUCAUUAUGAGGAGGCAUGCACUAAAUUCUCAUUAGCAAUGCAAAAGAUUGGCUACAAAGCAGAUAUAUGUUACAACAUUGCUCUCUGCUAUUACAAGAUGAAGAAAUAUGCCGGAUCUCUUAAAUAUAUCACUGAAAUAAUAGAGCGAGGGAUCAAAGACCAUCCAGAAUUAAGUGUUGGAUUACAAACUGAAGGACUUGAUGUCAGAAGUGUUGGCAAUACCAAGGCACUUCAAGACACUGCUCUUAUUGAGGCUUUUAAUUUGAAGGCAGCAAUUGAAUAUCAACUUAAAAAUUUUGAUGGUGGCCAAGAAGCAUUGACAGACAUGCCACCAAGAGCGGAAGAAGAGUUAGAUCCGGUUACCCUGCAUAAUCAGGCACUCAUGAACAUGAGUGAUAAUCCUACUCAAGGCUUUGAGAAACUCCAGUUCUUACUGCAGCAGAAUCCUUGUCCACCAGAGACAUUUCCUAAUCUGUUACUACUUUACCUAAAGUAUGAGUAUUAUGAUCUAGCUGCUGACGUAAUGGCAGAGAAUGCUCAUCUCACGUACAAAUGUCUCUCAACUUAUCUCUACGAUUUCCUUGAUGCUGUGCUUACAUCACAGACAGCUCCAGAGGAAGCUUUUCGUAAGCUUGAAGUGAUGUCAUCGCAUCAAACCGAGAAGCUACGUAAGCUGACAAAGAAAGUCCAAGAUCAGCGAGACAAGCAUAAUGAUGAUCUGGUCAGAAAAGCAGUCGAGGAAUAUGAUGAGGCACUGGAAUGUUAUAUACCAGUAUUGAUGGCACAAGCUAAGUUGUAUUGGGUUCAUUUCAAUUAUGCUCAAGUGGAGAAACUGUUUAGAAAAAGUGUUGAGUUUUGCAGUGAACGUGACGAAUGGAAACUAAAUGUGGCACACGUAUUGUUUAUGAGAGAUAAGUUUAAAGAAGCUUGUGGUUUCUAUCAAACUGUUGUAAAGAAACAUGCAGAAAAUUUACUGACUGUCAGUGCUGCUGUACUUGGAAACCUUUGUGUAGCUUAUGUUAUGAACAGCGAGACUGAUGAGGCUGAAGAGUUAAUGAAAAAGAUAGAAAAAGAAGAGGAAGAAAUGGCUUACGAUGACCCUGAUAAGAAACUGUUCCACUUAUGCAUUGUCAACCUAGUGAUUGGUACUUUGUAUUGUGCUAAAGGGAAUUAUGAAUUUGGUGUAAUAAGAGUUAUGAAGAGUUUAGAACCUUACAAUAAAAAGUUAGGAACCGAGACAUGGUUUUAUGUGAAAAGGUGCUUCAUAUCACUUCUUGAAAAUAUGGCUAAGCACAUGAUAAUGUUAAAGGACAGUGUCAUUGAAGAAAUAUUAAAAUUCCUUGACCAAUGUGAAGCUUAUGGUCGCAGUGUAUUGUCAAUGGUAGAACAACCUCUUGAGCAGAAUCCAAUACCUGUGGGUCAAAAUACUGUCACUUAUGAAGCACGUUUACUUAAAUCACUGUUUUUGAAACUCUGGAAAUAAAAAUAAUGUUGAUAAUUAUUACUUCAGAUUGACACGUGAACGCACGUGGUUAAAGUA